AUGUCGCGGCUGCUCGAGUCGGCCUCGGUGCAAGGCCCCGCAGGGCUCGAGAAGGCGUUCCAACCCGUGGCCAACGCGCUCGGCGUGCCCAAAUGGGCCGGGCUGGUCCACCUCAGCAUCUUGUCGUGCGCGGCGUCCUUCUUGCUGCAGCGCAUUUCUCACGUGCUCGGCCCACACCUGUUCCCCAACACUUAUCCCAAGAUCAAGAGGAAGCAGGAUGAUUGGGAUCUCCAUGUUGUGAGUGUCAAGCUGCCUCGUCUUGAUACUGCAUCCCAUUGCUGUUCUCUUUCAGUAUUCAAAAUAUACAACCUUUUACGUGUGAUGCAUUCGGUCACAUUUCUGGCUUCUGGUUCGCGCGCAUUCGGAUCCGGCUCCGUGACCGCCAAACACACCCCGACUUCUACCUUCGCGAACGCUGACAUACUGGCGCCGAAUGCAUUCACAGGUCGGAUGGGUCUUUGCUCUCAUCGCCACCCCCUUUGCGUUCGACCUGAUCCGCCACCCUUCGGCUGCGAUCGUGCUCGACCGCGCCUACGGCUUUGGAAUUGCCGAGGCGAGGCUCAACGCGUUCGCGACCGGAUACUUUAUCUGGGUGAGCUAUCUCCUAGGCAUUACAUAUUGGAGACACAUUGCUGAUGUUAUUCUCGUCUACUCGGACUAGGAUGCGAUCGUUUCAGCCCAGCACAUCAGCACUCAAGGGCUCGGUAAAUUGAUCUCGGACCCAAAUGACUCGUUCCUACUACCUACAGUCUACCUGCUCACCUCCAUUGCUCCUCUCUCGCACAGGCUUCUUCCUGCACGGUUUCGGGUGCAUGCUCGCAUUCCUUUUCACCCUGAAACCCUUCUUGCUCUUCUGCGGUCCCAAUUUCUUGAUCUGGGAACUCUCGACCAUGUGAGAAAAGUCGAAUCCAUUUCGGGUCAUCACCCCCACCAAUGAUCUUCGUACUUAAUUAUUCCGUUCUUCCCCGAUUCUCAGCUUCCUCAAUGCCCAUUGGUACCUCGACAAAUUCGGUCUGACCGGCUCGACGCUCCAACUCGUCAACGGCAUUUUCCUUGUGUAAGAACCCGCGCGCCUGCAAACUUUUCACCCUUCCUGACAAGCGACUGACUCCAAGUUUUCUUCCCUCUACUUCCCAGUGGCGCAUACGUCGGAGCCCGCUUGAUUUGGGGGACCUACAAUUCGUACCAACUCUGGAUGCUCUUCUUCGGACCCAAAGCCGAUCCCCGAGCAGGGAACGUUCGUUAUCGUAAGUCCUUCCCCAACCCCACCCACAUCACGAUCCACUACAUCACCCCCAUUAAUUUAAUUCCUCCUCCUACCCUCCGACGUGAUUAGUCUACUGCGGUCUCAACCUCCUCAUGAACAGCCUCAACUUCUUCUGGUUCCGAGCUAUGGUCCUCGCGCUCAAGAAGAGGUUCGUCAAGGCCGAGCCGGGCGCAAGGCAUGAGAGGAUCGAGAUCAAUGGCAAAUUGUCGUCGGGGUCGACGACGGCGACGGCGGAGAAGAAAAGAGGGACGAAGAGGGAAUGA